AUGAAAAUUUCAGGAUAUUCCCAUUGCCAAAAGCAUCAAGUAAUUUAUACAUGGGAAAUUAAUGAAAUAACAUCAUUGAUUGAGUCAUCUGCUGAUAUCGAUAACGAGACAGCAAAGCUCACCUCACCUAGCUUUACUACAAAUGGCAAAACUGAAAAUUCAUGGUAUUUACAACUGAGUCUAUUACAAGAAAGGGAAUGGAUAUCACUAUAUGUGUGUCGAAAAGAUGGGAAAGAUAACGGAAGAGUAAAGUUAUCACUCUUUAUUUUAGACAACCAAAAUGAAAGAAAAUUUAUGAAAAUUUCUGGUGGCAUUCGGGACUUUACAGUUGGACGAGGAAUUGCUAAAUUCCUUGAAAUAGAAGAGUUAUUGACAAACAAAGAUCAAUUUUUACCGAAUAAUACCUUAACUGUCUGUGUUGAACUAACGAUUUAUGACGAUUAUCAAUCAUUUCUUACUAAAAUUUCGUUGCAAACACCACAGCGCAAAAUCACUGAUGAUCUUAAAGGACUCUAUGAUAGUAAAAUAAAUAGUGACGUUAUUUUCGUUGUGGGCAAUAAACAAUUUAAAGCUCACAAGCUCAUACUGUCAACACGCAGUCCUGUGUUCUUUGCAAUGUUCUCGCAUGGGAUGAAGGAAAAUAGAGACGGCGAAGUUGCUAUACCUGAUAUAGAACCUGAAAUUUUCAAUAAAAUGCUGGAGUUUAUUUAUACCGACGAGAUAAAUAAUUUGGAUGCGGAUGCUGCGUAUUUAUUAGAAGCUGCAGAUAAAUAUCAAUUGCGAAAACUAAAAAGUUUAUGCGAAGAAUCAUUAUCUAAAUCAUGCAGGGUUGAUAAUGUCAUUAAACUUAUGGUUUUAGCAGAUCUACAUAAUGCUAAUCAAUUAUUUGAAUAUGCGCUUGAAUUGAUAACAAAAAAUAUCGAUGCUAUUAUUGGGACUCCAGAGUAUAAAAUGUUAGAGGAAUUUAAACCACUGUUAUUAUCAAAAUUAAUUAAAAAAUUAGCGACUUCGAUGAAGAGUAACGAUAACAAAAAUGAAAGGAAAUUUUUAAAAACUUAUAAUACUAGCAGUAAAUCUGAAGAACGAGGAUGUUUACAGUUUCUUGAAAUAAAACAGUUACUAGAAAAUAAAGAUGAGAUUUUACUAAAUGAUACUCUAACUCUAUGUGUUGAACUAACUAUUUAUGACGAUUAUAAAAUAAUUCCUGCUGAGUUUCAAUUGCAAAGUGUCAGAUAA